AACGAGCAGCAGUAGUUCUGGUGUUUAGGUUUUUCAUCAUUGGUUAUUUGAACAAACCAUGAUUUAGCAGGUGUUACCAUCUUUCACACGUUGGAAGGGGAGGCGACAUUCGGCCCGUAUCUUGAAAGGGGGGGUGGAGCUUUUCGAUUCGGUUCUGCUCUUUGUUCUACCAUCAAGUUUUAUACGUUUUUACAUUUUGUAAAAAAUAUUCCAAUUCCAUUUUGAAAAAUUUGCCAAAGUGAAAUAUACAAGACAUUUGUGGAAAGUAAUGAACGAUGACACACUUCAGGAGAAAGGAGGUAUUAUAAGGAUGCAGCCAUCAAUCAGAGAUUUGGACUAAAGUAAUAAAACAAAUUGGUCUAAUGAUAUUCUAUGUACAAUACUUCCUGUGGUCACCAGGACAGAGCUAGCCCGUCCCCCUCCAACCUGCCGGAGUCCCCUGGUCACAACUCUCCUGGUAGCGCCUUACUGCUGGAUCUGAAGAGGGUGUCUGUGCGGCUGGUCGACUGCAGGAAAACACCAGGGCAGAGUGGAACUGUGAGAGAAGGACACGAGGAGGGAGAUGGAGAUUUGAUUUCAUCAAGGGAAACACCGUACCGUUGUUCUCUCAGUGGGAGGGGCUUAUCAUCUGGGGAGCCUCAACAACAUCAUGUUGCUGACGAGACAGAGAAGAGUGUCUCCAGAUCAGAACAUCUCAAGAAACACCAGCAGGGACGUACAGGGAAGAAACAUCACUACUGCUGCUCUGACUGUGGGAAGAGUUUCACAAGCCAGAGUGGCUUCAUUAUUCACUGUGAUCAGUGUGGGAAGAGUUUUGCUGCAUCUAACACCUUCAAAUCUAAUGUAAGAAUUCAUACAGGGGAGAAGCCUUACCUCUGCCUUGAUUGUGGGAAAAGUUUUGUUAGUGCAGGAGCCUUAACCAUACACCAGCGUGUACACACUAGAGAGAAGCCUUAUAGCUGUGAUCAGUGUGGGAAGAGCUUUCCUCAAGCUUCCUCCCUGACUAGACACCAGCUAAUACACACUGGAGAGAGACCUCAUCUUUGUCUAUGUGGGAAGAGCUUUGAUGUAGCUUCCACCCUGACUGUACACCUGCGAACACACACUGGAGAGAAGCCUUAUAGCUGUGAUCAGUGUGGAAAGAGCUUUGCUGUAUCAGGAAAACUAACUAGACACCAGCGAAUACACACAGGAGAGAAGCCUCAUAGCUGUGGUCAGUGUGGGAAGAGCUUUGCUGUAUCAGAAAAACUAACUGUACACCAGCGAAUACACACAGGGGAGAAGCCUUAUAGCUGUGGUCAGUGUGGGAAGAGCUUUUCUCAAUCAGUAAACCGGAAUUUACACCAGCGAACACACACAGGAGAGAAGCCUUAUAGCUGUGGUCAGUGUGGGAAGAGCUUUUCUCAAUCAGUAUACCGGAAUGUACACCAGCGAACACACACAGGAGAGAAACCUUAUAGCUGUGAUCAGUGUGGAAUGAGCUUUUCUGUAGUUUCCUCCCUGAUUAGACACCAGGCAACACACACUGGAGAGAAGCCUUAUAGCUGUGGUCAGUGUGGAAAGAGCUUUGCUUUAUCAGAACACCUAACCAUACACCAGCGUGUACACACAGGAGAGAAGCCUUAUAGCUGUGAUCAGUGUGGGAAGACCUUUGCUCUAGCUUCCACCCUGACUGCACACCAGCGAACACACACUGGAGAGAAGCCUUAUAUCUGUGAUCAGUGUGGGAAGAGCUUUAAUCAGUCAAGGACCCUGAAAUCACACAAGCUAACACACGCUGGUGAGAAAGAAGCCUUAUAUCUGUGAUCAGUGUGAGAAUUGUUUCAGUCAAUUAUGGACCCUUUAUUCACACCAGUGAACACACACUGGAGAAGGAACCUUAUGUCUGUCUAGGUGGGAAGAGCUUUGUUAAUUUAGGGGCAAUGAGAAAACACCAGAAAGCACAAACUUGCUGUAUUUCAUCUCCCUCCCUUCUGGCACCGGUUCCAGAUCCCUAAAUAAAGGAUCAGUAGAAAACAUCCAGUGAACAGUCAUAUCCAUCUCCCAUUCUUAAACAGUUGCCUCAGUCUGAUCACCAUGGUAACCUCUGGAGCAUAAUAUGCAGCUCUGAUCUAGGAUCAGGUCUCCCCUGUGUCUAUGUAAUAUCACACAUUGAUCUAAAUGGAUAAAUGUUAUCAUAGGAAAUGUUAUAGGGAACCUGUGUGUGUGUGUGGGAGGGAUGUUGAUAGUUGUAUAUUCUUCCAUAUACUCAUGAUACUAUUAUUAUGAAAUGUCAUUAUGUAGAAUAAUGUUUCAACAAUAGGUGUAUAUUCAUGUAUUCAAUUGAUCAAUACAUUCAAUCCAUUAUCUUCUAAACAAGAAGUUAUCACUUAAAUUGUGUAUUUUAUAAAUCUGUAUUGAUUAAAAUUAUCCUAAAUCUAAUCCAUAAUAUAUUGGAUAAUUAUUUCCAUGAGUUCAAGGCAAGAACUAUGUAAACUGUGUCUUGUAACAACGGUUAAUGUAAUAACUUUUAGAUUUAUAAUGUAAUAAAACCGGUAAAUGUAAUAUCUUGUUGGUUUAUCUGAUAAAAUGUUGAAUUGUUGUCGUAAUAACCUUUUCCACUUAAUGUAAUAAGUUAUUGGUAUCAGGUAACAACUUUUUUAAAUUAAUAACGUAAUAACUUCAACCGAUCAUGUAAUAACACCUAAACCAAUGUUUAAUGUGUUACUUCACCAAUGUUAAUGCACAUACCACCCUCCACCAAUUACAAACCCACACACACAAACCUAUGCACUUGUACUCUUACACAAACAAGCACGCAGUUAUAGACACAUGCAUUGAUUUAAUAUUUUUUAAAUUAACAAUUAAUCUGUAGUUCUUAUAGUCAUAGAGACAGGGGGCUCGGUCGGGCAAGAGGAAGGAGGAUUGGGAAACUGCAAAUAACAAUAAGCUAAACUCCGCCUAGCAGAAACAUCUUUGGUAUUAGCAACUAUUCAUUAUUAGUUUAUAUUGUAUUCAAGUUAAGGGAUGUCACCCUGGGCGGGGUGAACCAUAGUAGGGGAUAAAAAGAGAAAACACCAUCUUGAGAACUGAGUGUCUUGUUUGUAAAUUGCUGUAAGUGUAAACUCCGGGUUGCAAACCUUAUUAAACAAACUAACCUCUG